AUUGCUUUUUUUUUUUUAAAUUCUUAAACAAUGUUCUUGACGCGUUCCGAAUAUGAUCGUGGUGUAAAUACCUUUUCACCCGAAGGUCGUCUUUUCCAAGUCGAAUAUGCUAUCGAAGCUAUCAAGCUUGGUACAACAGCCAUUGGUGUCCAAACCUCUGAAGGCGUUGUUUUAGCUGUUGAGAAGCGUGUUUCUUCUACCUUGUUGGAAGCCAGCUCAAUUGAAAAGAUUAUGGAAAUUGAUGAACAUUUAGGUUGUGCUGUUAGUGGAAUGACAGCUGAUGCCAGAACCAUGAUUGAACAUGCUCGUGUUGCUGCUCAGAACCAUAGAUUCACAUACGACGAAAAACUUAAAGUCGAAAGUGCUACUCAAAGUGUUUGUGAUUUAGCAUUACGAUUUGGUGAAGGUGCUGAGGGUGAAGAGUCAAUCAUGAGUCGUCCUUUCGGUGUUGCAUUGCUUAUUGCUGGCGUUGACGAAAAUGGACCUCAACUUUUCCAUGCUGAUCCUUCAGGUACAUUCAUGAGUUUUCAAGCCAAGGCUAUCGGUUCAGGUUCUGAAGGUGCUCAAACCGAAUUACAAAAAGAAUACCACAAAUCUAUGACUUUAAAGGAAGCCGAGACACUUGCUUUAACUGUUUUGAAGUCGGUCAUGGAAGAGAAAUUAAACAAGGCCAAUGUCCAAAUUGCAUCAGUCACACCAGAACACAACUUCAAAAUCUAUUCAGAGGAAGAAUUACAAACUGUAAUUGAUAGAUUGUAAAGAGAAAGAUAUAAUAAAAAAAAAAAAAGGAAGAAAAAAAAAGAUUGCAAAGUUAAAAAGCUACAAAGAAAAAGGAUGACAAAGUUAAAGAUUUACAAAAUCAAAAGAACAAAGGAGAGAGAUUAUAAGUUAUAAACACAAAUUUUUUUUUUAUUUAUUUAUUUAAUUAUGUACAAGUCAAUGUGUCUGUGUUAUUUACAUACGCAUAUAGAUCAGCGCAAUGAUGAAAGUAAUCAAGAUCAAACUUGAGUUCAUACCAUGAAUAGUAGCACUGUUUUCGG